AUGGUCAAGUCAUACUUAAAAUACGAGCAUGGCAAGUCCUUUGGCGUCGUCGCCUCGGCGACUUCGAACCUUGUAUGGUCUUCCAAAGACCGAACAGGAACUGGCGCAGGACAGGCGAUCGUCGCCGCGAACGAGGAGGUUCUUUGCUGGGAUAUCAAGAAGGGCGAACUCCUGAGCCGCUGGAGAGAUGAACGAUGCACGGUGCCAGUGACUGCGAUCGCGCAAAGCAAAGCCGACAAGGACGUCUUCGCCGUUGGAUAUGAAGAUGGUAGCAUUCGACUCUGGGAUAGCAAGAUUGCUUCUGUUGUCCUCAACUUCAACGGACAUAAGUCAGCAAUUACAAAACUCGUAUUCGACAAGUCCGGCUGCAGACUUGCCAGUGGUUCUCGGGACACAGACAUCAUCAUGUGGGAUCUUGUGGCAGAAGUUGGUCAAUUCAAGUUGCGAGGACACAAGGAUCAGAUUACUGGCUUGCAGUUUGUUGAGCCAGUCGCCCAGGUUCAGGAUGAGGAUGGUGCGCAGGCCAUGGUUGUCGAUGGUGAAUCUACCCACGAAGGCUUCCUCUUGACAACUGGCAAAGACUCGCUCAUUAAACUCUGGGAUCUUUCGUCAAGGCACUGCAUAGAAACCCACAUUUCGCAAACCAACGGCGAGUGCUGGGCUCUGGGUCUUUCGCCAGAUUACAGCGGAUGUGUCACAGCUGGAAACGAUGGCGAAAUCAAGGUUUGGUCAUUGGACACCGAUGGUCUUGCGCUCAGCGCCCGCCAGGUCGACACACCUGCUGCAGCCCAAUAUCUCCAGGACCGUGGAACAUUACAUCGACAAAGCAAGGAUAAGGCAACCGAAGUUGUAUUUCACCCCAAGAAAGACUACUUUGCCGUUCAUGGUUCAGAAAAAGCGGUCGACGUGUGGCGUCUGCGAUCCGAGGCCGAAAUAAAAAAGGCACUGGCCCGUAAGCGAAGAAGACGUCGUGAGAAGGCGAAGGAUGGUAAGGCGACUGAAGAGGAAGCCAACGGUGAAGAGGACGUCUCAAAGGCCGAUAUCAGCGAUGUGUUCAUCCAACAUGUCAUUGUUCGAACUGGAGGAAGGGUUCGCUCGGUUGACUGGGCCGUUCCAAGCGGACAGAAAGAGCUUCACCUGCUAGUAGGAACCACAAACAACCUGCUCGAGUACUACAGCGUUUCGCGCAAGGACAAGAGUGAUAAAUCGAAGAAGGAGGAUGCCCCUGAAUACACAAGAGCUUUAUCCGUCGAGUUGCCCGGUCACCGAACAGAUAUUCGAGCCCUUUCGCUUAGCUCGGACGACAAGAUGCUGGCUUCUGCCUCCAACGGUAACCUGAAGAUCUGGAAUAUCAAGACUCAGAAUUGCAUUCGAACAUUCGAGUGUGGUUACGCUCUGUGCUGUGCUUUCCUUCCUGGAGACAAGGUCGUGGUUGUUGGUACCAAGAACGGCGAGUUGCAACUUUUCGAUGUGGCAUCAGCUGCCCUUCUCGACAGCGUCGAUGCUCACGAGAAAGCUAUCUGGUCGCUGAGCGUUCACCCCGAUGGCCAGUCUGUGGUUUCCGGUAGUGCUGACCAGACUGCCAAGUUUUGGGAUUUCAAGAUUGUUCAGGAAGAGGUUCUCGGUACAAGGAGAACGACGCCCAAGCUCAAGCUGGUGCACUCAAGGACACUAAAGGUUUCCCACGAUAUUCUCAGCCUGAAGUUCUCACCGGAUGCAAAGCUCCUGGCUGUUGCCCUCUUCGACAGCACCGUCAAGGUCUUCUUUGUCGAUUCCCUCAAACUCUACCUCAACCUUUACGGCCAUAAACUCCCCGUCCUUAGCAUGGAUAUCUCAUGUGACAGCAAGAUGAUUGUCACAAGUUCGGCCGACAAGAACAUCAGGAUAUGGGGUCUCGAUUUCGGUGAUUGUCACAAAGCCCUGUAUGGCCACAAGGACAGUAUUCUGCAGGUUGCCUUUGUGCCGCACAACAACGAUGGCAACGGCCACCAUUUCUUCAGUAGCAGCAAGGACCGCACAAUCCGAUACUGGGAUGGUGACAAGUUUGAGCAGAUUCAAAGACUUGAUGGUCACCACGGAGAAGUGUGGGCUAUUGCUGUAUCGCACAGCGGAAAUCUUUUGGUCAGUGCCGGCCACGACAAGAGCAUUCGGGUCUGGGAUGAGACCGAUGAGCAGAUCUUCCUUGAGGAAGAGCGCGAGAAGGAGAUGGAGGAGUUGUAUGAGAGUACCCUUACCACAUCCCUGGAACGCGACGCGGAUGCACAGGAUGAGAACAACGAGGUUGAUGCAGCGAGUAAACAGACUACAGAAACCCUCAUGGCUGGUGAACGGAUAGCAGAGGCACUCGAGAUGGGUAUGGCUGACUUGAACCUCCUCAGGGAGUACGAGGAAGCCAAACUUACAGAUCCGCAUGCCCAGCCCCCUCAGCGCAACCCAGUCUUCCUCGCCCUCGGCAACGUCACUGCCGAAGCCUACGUUCUAUCUGUUCUGCAGAAGAUCAAAGCAUCCGCACUUCACGACGCUCUCCUUGUCUUACCCUUCGCUUCCGUUCCCAUCCUAUUCACUUUCCUCAACAUCUUUGCCAUGCGUUCCAUGAACAUGCCCCUGACGUGCCGCAUUCUGUUCUUCAUGCUCAAGACGCAUCACAAGCAGAUUGUUGCAAACCGCACCAUGAAGGUCAUGCUCGACGGUAUCCGCACCAACCUUCGCGCUUCUCUCAAGCGCCAGAAGGACGAGAUGGGAGUCAAUAUUGCUGCUCUCAAGGUUGUCGGCAUGCAGAUUCGUGACAAGAGUAUCAAGGACUACGUUGAUGAGAACUGGGAGGAGGAGAACGACGCUAGGAGUGCUAAGAAGAGGACAUUUGUUCACAUUGCUUAA